ACGCUGGCGAGCUGUCAUUGCUAGUGGUCUGUGUUGUGAGCAUAUUAUUUAUCGCUACAGCUAAGAAGACGAGUCACACUUAUUCAGUAGCCCCCAAACCACUUGACCAAUAAACAAACCAGGCCUAAUUACAUUAACUUUGAGUACGUGGCAUACAUGGAACCAUACAAUUUACUACGUUGGAUCGUUUUUGUGCUGGUUCUUGAACUGCCCACAACUGCGGAAGGAGCCAGAUUACGGAAACCGAUGCCGAUUCCAACUUCGUCUUGGCAGCGCCAGGCAUGCGAUGCAAAGGAAGGUAAGCAAGUGUUGCAUUUCGCGUGUACGCCCGACGGCCAACUUCAAUGUUUUGAAGGGUGGAUUGGAGAUUUGUGCAAUGUCCCCAUUUGUAAAAAAGGCUGUGAUCCUCUGAAUGGACACUGCAAGGCACCAGGAGAAUGUCGCUGCAAGUUAGGAUUUUCUGGUGAACUUUGCCGCGAUUGCGCUUUGUUGCCCGGAUGCGUUCACGGAACGUGCAACAAAAGCUUCGAGUGCCAAUGCAAACCAGGAUGGACUGGGCUCUUUUGUUCUCAAGGUACCGACCAUUCAAUGAAAAACCAACAGGUUGCUAAUCGGAAGCUUCUCGAUUUCUUGUCCUCAUUCCGAAAAUCGAAACCCGUUCAAUAAACUAGUGUCACGACA